AUGGCCUUCUUCAAAGUCUUCAUCGCCGCCGCCACCAUCGCCACCGCCCUGGCCGCUCCUCACCAGCACGGAGGCGACGUCAACAGCGACCACAAGCAAAAGGUCAGCGUCAGGGACGCCGCCGCCCAGUGCGGCAACGGCCAGAAGCUCUCCUGCUGCAACAAGGGAGACACCGGCGCCUCCAUCUUGGGCGAUCUCUUGGGCGGAAACUGCGACGCCAUCAGCAUCCCCAUCAUCGCUCUGGACAUUCCCAUCAGCUCCGCCUGCACCAACCAGGUUGCCUGCUGCCCUGGCGACCAGAAUGGCCUCAUCAACCUCGCCUGCACCAACCUCGUCCUCUAA